GGGGCAGACGCAGGGGCCCAUCCCGGGGCAGACGGCCCACCUGAGCGAGGAGCAGAAGAGGAUGCUGCUGAUGAAGCAGAAGGUGCUGAACCAGAACAUGAACUACAGCAGCAUGCCCCCACGGGCAGGAACAAGGCGUUGUGGGGAUGUCACGGCCGCCCGGCGCCAUCCCCCCUCCUCACCCCGCCGGCGGCGUGGCCUCCGGGGUCGGGCCCAACCAGGGGUCGGGCCCACCUCCGGGCUACGUGGGCAACCAGCAGCAGGCGGCCAUGAUGAAGCAGAUGAUGGCGAUGGAGCAGGAGAAGCGGGUGCAGAUGCACAUGAUGGAGCAGCAGAAGCAGCAGCUCUUCAGGGAGCAGCGGCAGCAGCAGCAGCAGCAGCUGCUGGCCGAGCAGCUCCAACAGCAGCAGCAUCUCCCCAGACAGAUCGGCCAGGGCCAGAGGAAUCCAUACCCCCAAGUCAAUCAGUACCAAGGUCCUCCUCAAGAUCUGGCUUCCAGGAGUCAAGCUCUCCAGAGCAUCCGGGCGACUCGUCUCCUCCAGCAGCAGCAGCAGAGCCAGCAGCAGAUGGUCCAGAUGGGUUCGGUUCAGGGCCAGGGAGGCUCCGUGGGACCCCAAGGCGACAUGGGGCUACCGUACGGCAACCAGGGGUCUGGCCAGGGGUCCCUCUACGGACUCAACCCUUCCAUGAGCCAAAUGAUCCACCAGCAGCAGCACCAGAGCCAAAGCGUCCAAGCCUCCAUGGGUCUUCCACCGCAGCACAACCCCGCCGCAGGGCCCCCCCGGCAGGCGGGUGGCGGUCCUGGUGUUGGGGGGAUGCCCGGUGGCCCCGGGGGUGGCGGGGCCGGAGGAUACGGAGGACAGGGGAUGUUAAUGAACUCCAUGACCCAGCAGCCCCUGAAAGGCCCUCCCAAUGCCAAAGCCCAAGCGCAGAGACUGCAAAGCAUGCUGGGAGGAGGCGGAGGCAGCGGGGGAAUGGCGGGGGGCGGCUGGCCGCAGCAGCAGGGACAGGGUCUGCAGGCCAUGGGGGGAGGAGUCGGAAGGACUACAAGCGGAGGGGGAGGAGACAUGGUGGGGUUCGGCUCCGCCCCGGGCUACGGGAUGCAGCCCGGUCAGCCCCCCCGCAUCGCCAAGCAACACUUUCAGGGCCCUGGACAGGGGAUGAGCCAGGGGAUGGACCCCAGGGUGGGCAACCCAGCCGCCGGGAUGGGAGGCCCAAUGAUGGCUCCCCACAUGGGGGGUCAGCCCAGGACCAACCAGCCCCGGCCCAUGGUCAUGAACCAGGGGAUGAACCCGGGGGUGAUGAGCCAGGGGAUGGCCGGGAUGGGGGGCUUCGGCCCCGGUCCCGGGGGGCCGGGAAUAGGGGCCGGGGGCGGUGGAGGAGGCCCCUAUGGACCGGGGGGCGUCGGGGUCGGGGGUCAGCCGCAGGGCUACCAGAGGACAGCUAAUCAGGACAUGUCAUCCUACGGAUAUGGGGGCGGGCCCUCAGCUGGCGGAGCCUUCGGAUUGGGCGACGGCUCGGGGGCGGAGCUGGACUCCAGCGAUGGCUGGAUGGAGGAGUUUUUCCCGAGCCAAUAGCCAACGGGGAAAGUUUUUACUGGACGAACUGAACACCUAAAGUCGGACAAACGUUAAUUCCUGAGAACGUAAAACAAAAAGGAGGACGCGACGUGGACUGGCAUGUUUUGGUUUUAUAAAACAUGAGCAAGGUUAUAACUGAGUUCUUGUGUUCUCGUUUUGUGGGUGAGCGUGUGUGUGUGUGUGUGUGUGUGUGUGUGUGCGUGUGUGUGAGAUGGAGAGAGUUAUCAUUACGUCUUGUGCAUAUUAAUGAAAAACCAAUAUAGAGAUUAAGAGGUGUGCUUCAUUUGUUUUCCCUUUCUUCUCCGUGGGAUGAUUCUUUUCCCCCCUCAUGUUCCAGUGUUUGAAAGCGAGCCUCGUACGCGUGGCGGCCUCCGCCAGCCCCGGCUUCAGCGGGGGCCGAUCGAAAAACAGCAGACUGACGAAGGGGGAAGGAAGACUCGUUCUCAAGACGGCAAUUUAUUUGUGUUUGUGUGUUUGUGCCACCCAGCUCCAGCGCUCCACAUCUCUCAACUCGUGAGGCGCUGAAGGGAGUAGAAAGCACUCUCAACGCUCCCAUUUCCUCCCUGAGAUUUGUGUCCCCCCCACCACACACUCACACACAAACAUUCGCGCACACACACACACUCACACACCUGUCUCUCUCAGCCUUUUCAUUUGAUCUCUCCCUUCCCUCUCUCCUCUCUGUUUAAAUUGUGCACAUCACAACAGAACAAACGAUGUUCCUCCGUCGUGCCACGCGAGCGCACUCUGCCCUCUAGUGCUUCUGCUCGGCAACAAACCUGGGUGGCUGCUGCUGCUUCUUCUUCUUUUUUUUUUUUUUUUCCAAAGCGGGAGGGAGCGAGCGUAGUUUCAUUUCCUGUGUUGUGUCGCCGUGGAUGACGGGUGUGCAUGUUAGAGGAAGACAAUGGGAGUGAAAAGCAGAGGAAAAGGGGGUGGGGGGAGAACAGGCAGCUAAAGCAAGCAUUCAAAAAGCAGCCUACUCACACACACACACACACACACACACACACACACACACACACACACACACACACACACACACACACACCAAACAAGCAUCAGCCCGGGAGGAUGUGCGGCUGUGUGAGAGGCAGCUAACAGAGCUAAUAUUGCAUUAGAACCUUCAGUCUGUGUGACACAAACCACAUCACACCGAGCGAAAAGCCGCUGGGCUCUGAAUGUAUUCAAGCACCACAAGUGACUUCUUCUUUUUAAGGAAAACAACAACAACAAAAUGCUAAUGGGAAGCCCACCCACACAAUUCUGUCUGUCGCCGUGUUUUUAAUCUCCUAACAAUGAUGCUGGUUGUGUCCUUUUGUCAAUUAAAUGAAGAAGAAAUAAAAGUUUAAAUUAGCUUUCUCUCUCAGUUGCUGUUGUGUCUUGAGGAAAGUGUUCGUCCUCCCUUCCUUUGUCUCGCGGCUGCUUGUCAAUCAGCGCCGCUCUCUCGCGCUCCCCACUACAACGUAACUGUGCUGUACUGUAACACUACUGUGAAGACAUACAAGCUGACCCCCCCCCAACUCCUCCCCCCGCGGCGCUUUACAGGACGAGAAACCACUGCUGACAUGAAGUUUCAAAGAAAAACGAUGAAUAAGCUUCAGACGGCUAACAGAGUGCGGCAGAGACGACCCGAAAGUUAGCACUGACAAAGAAAACAUUCACACUUUAACGAACCUAAAUGAACUGUAAGUUUAGUAGAAGUUAGCUAGCUAAACGCCGGCUACUAGCCAAACACCUCCCUCAAUCACCUAAAAACUGAUUUUCUGGUUGUGGAUUCGGUGUGGUCGACAACUGUUGCGGACUUGUUUAGCCUCACGUUAGCUUGUCGCUACGGCUCUUUUGGGCUUUGAUUUCAUUUCAGGCGUUUCCCCACCCAGGAAAAAACUUUCAGGGAACUCAGUGCUAAAACGCGAACUCUUCCUGCAGCGCUCUACUGAGGGCAGCGCCAGUUAGCGAAGGAAACUAGUUUUUAACACAAGCUCUCAUUUACCGUCGACGAUCUGCGCUCAACAAACAACUGGAAGGUUUGUUGUCACCGUGUCUGCUCGUAGACUCCCGCAUCUGUUUUGUGACCUUGGUUUAAAGAUGGCUGAAAGCUGCGUGCAUCACUUGGUAUUUGGCUCGCCGGAGUGAAACGUUUGGAGGACGAUGCUGUAAUCAAACAAAACCAAAAAGCCUUCUUCUCUGUAAACUAGCUCCUCUGUCGCCAUCUGUUCCCACGGUUGUCGGUGUUUCGUGAUCCAACCCUUUAAACUCUUCGCCGUCUCCGCGCCGCCGAGCUCCGGGUGUCCGCCUGUAUGUCCGUCGCGUUCGGGGAGCGGACGUCCUCCGUCUCACUGUGUGGAGUCUGAAUGUGGACGAGCUCGGAUCGUCCGCUAGCGGUAGCGCUAACGGCCCGCUCAGACCGGUGAGGUUAGCGAUCAGCUGCGGACGGCCGCGGAGCUGCCGCCGGCGUCUUGAAAACGAGGGUCCGCGUUUGAAAUCCCUUCAGGGAGAGAAAGGAAGCUUCCUCCAAAUAUCAUAUUGUACCGGGACCAAGUCUGUAGACAACAUUUUAAGAGAAGAAUCGUUGUUAUCGAUGUUUUUUUGUUUUUUGUUUUUUUUUUACUGGUGCUGACAUAUAUGUGAUUAUGAGAAAAAGUAUAUAAAAGAUAAUGGCUAUUUGUAAAUAUGUUUUUACAGGUUUAAAUACAUCAGAUAAUACAGUCUCUACUCUGUAAAGAAUUUACUGUUUGUUGGAAAAUAGAGAAGUAUUUUUAUUUGGAAGUUUUUCAGUUUCACUUUUAACCCAUCUGAGCUAUGCCAUUGCACUUCAGACAAUGUCUUACUACUAAUUUGUAUUGUAAACCUCCUCUUUAUUUUUAUUUUUUUCAUUUGUUUAAAUUUUGUUUCUAGUUUCUGAGAUCGGACUCGGUUCUUAAGCAGUGCUUAUUUCUUUUUAUCCUGUACAGAAUUCUGAAAAUGUUAACAAAAGAAAACUACAAAGGACUUUUUUUUGGUUUGUUUUUCAAAAAGAUACAAUAAAGAGAGAACGUUCUCGCUGAUCAUA